AUGAGUGAAGCUGCAUAUAAUCCCUUCAUAGUGCUGAUAUGUCUGACAGCCCUGUAUGUGGGACCCUGCAGAUCUAAUGUGCAGCCCCCCAAUCCUGCCUGUCACCUGGAGAUCAUUAAAACGUAUGAGGAAUAUGAAUAUAUACAGGAAGGAGACAUUAUGAUCGGAGGGGUGCUAACCAUGAAUUCCUACACAAUUAAUUUCCCCCAUCCAGAGGGCAUUUCCAGCAGGAUCCUGUGUGUCCAUUCUUCUCCUCAGUAUUACAGACAUUAUGUGGAUUUCCUUUUUGCUAUUGAGAACAUUAACAAAGACCGAAUUCUAUUACCCAACCUGACCCUGGGGUACCAUAUAUCUGAUUCCUGUGGGGAUGCACGGAAGGCUGUGAGGAGCGUAUUACAGAUAUUAUCUGGUACCAGGGAGCCGGUUCCCAAUUACUCCUGUGUGGGAAAGAGACACAUUGCUGGAUUUAUUGGGGAUCUCACCUCAGAGACGACUGUACCCAUAGCCCAGAUUCUGAGUCUUUAUGGAUAUACCCAGAUCAGUUAUGGAGCUACAGACCCAAUGCUCAGUGACAGAUUCUCCUUCCCGUACUUCUUCCGGCUCUUACACAGUGACGCCCAUUAUGAAGCUUUGGCCGAGUUUCUGUAUUAUUUUGGCUGGACCUGGGUUGGGAUAAUUAGAACUGAAGAGGACAAUGAAGACAGAGAACAUCAACUGCUGACAAAACAUCUCUCCAGGCUUGGAAUUUGUGUUGCAUUCGACAUAAAGAUGAGGAAAGAAAGGGAUAUGUUGACUAAAAAUAAUUUCAAUUACUAUGAAGAAUGGAAGAGAAUCAUUAAACAAUCUUCAGUCAAUGUAACUAUUAUUUUUGGGACAUUUUCUGUUACAUUUCAACAAGAACUAAUAAAACUUAUUGAUGUUCUUGAUAAAAACACAGUGGUCUUCACUUCUAACUGGGCACUUAAUGGAGACUCACUGAAUUAUAUCAUGGGAAUUGUUAAUGGGAGCUUGAUAAUUAUGCAAAAGCCAAUUAAUUUCAUUACAACUAGAACUGAACAUUUUCUAGAGAACAUUCACCCUUACAAUUACCCAGAAGAUAAGGUACUUGAAGAUAUCUGGAUGCAGUAUCAUUUCUGUUUGUCAGAAGAUCAAGAUAAGAAUCAGUUGUAUGAAACCAUUUAUUCUGGAACUCUCCACAACUGCACCGGGCAGGAACAUAUUACAGAUAUUGGGAAUUUUAACAAUGUAUUACACUCUGCCCUUGUGUACAGUGCAGUUCAAGUGAUGUAUCGUGCCCUUUAUAUGAUGCAUUUCUCAUUUAGUAGCAAAUCUCCACCAAACAGCAAAAGAAUCUCCAGUUACAGAAACCAGUUGCAUCAGUUUUUAAAAUUAAUAAAAAUAAAAGGCAAGGAUCACUUUUUGGAUAAAAAUGGAAAUUUUCAGAUUGAAUAUCUGUUGUAUAACUGUUAUAUCGAAUUAUUCGGAAAGCUCUAUGUGAAUUGGGUUGGACAUUUCUGCCCAUGGAAUAAAUCAGAUCGGGCACUGCGUGUGUCACCUGAUGAAAUUACAUGGAAGACCAGUAAAGGGCAGAUCCCAAGAGCCCAGUGCUCAGCCAGUUGCCCCCCGGGAUUCAGGAAGGCACCAAGGCCCGGAGCCCAGUCCUGCUGUUAUGACUGUGUCCUGUGUUCUGAGGGAGAGAUCUCCAACAUUACUGACAGCAUAAGCUGCAUCAGAUGCUCAGACAUGGAAUGGCCCAAUGAGAAGAGGAAUCGGUGCAUGACAAAAACAGAAGAAUUUCUUUCCUACACCAAUGAUCUGAUAUCUGUAUUUAUUUCAUCAAUCUCAGUUCUCUUCUUUCUUAUAACUCUGUUAGUACUUGUAGUCUUCAUUUCCAACCAUGACACCCCCAUAGUGAGAGCCAACAACCGGAGCAUGAGCUUCCUCCUCCUUGUCUCCAUCAAGCUGAGCUUCCUCAGUGUGUUUCUGUUCCUCGGUCGCCCUGUGGAUAUAACCUGCAUGCUGCGCAUCAUCACUUUUGGAAUCACCUUCUCCAUAGCUGUCUCUUCUCUCCUGGCCAAGACUAUCAUGGUUUGUGUUGCUUUCAAAGCCACCAAGCCAGGGAGCUCAUGGAGAAAAUGGCUGGGAGUCAAACUGUCCAAUUCUGUAGUCUUGUUCUGCUCAUCCAUUCAAAUAAUCAUCUGCAUGACUUGGUUGGCCAUUUCUCCUCCCUUUCAGGAACUGGACAUUCACACUUCCCCUGGAACCAUCAUCAUUCAGUGCAAUGAGGGCUCAGCUAUUGGCUUUUACUCAGUUAUUGGGUAUAUGGGGCUUCUGGCAGCUGUUAGUUUUGUUUUAGCAUUUUUAGCUCGGAGCUUACCGGACAGUUUUAAUGAGGCCAAGUACAUCACUUUCAGCAUGCUGCUCUUCUGCAGUGUUUGGAUCACAAUGAUCCCGGCCUAUCUGAGCACCAAAGGCAAAAACACUGUGUGUGUGGAGAUAUUUGCCAUACUCACCUCAAGCGCCGGCCUUUUAGCCUCUAUAUUUCUGCCCAAAUGUUAUGUUAUUCUGUUUAAACCAGAAAUAAACACAAAAUCCCAUGUAUUUGCAAACAAAUCCUAG